UCACUAACAUUCACUAAGUGAGCAAGCAGCAAAUGCAGCUGACUAUUCCUUUGGAAUGUCAUUCUUCCCUAAUCUAUUUUCCUUUUCCAUGCAGUGCCUUUCUAAAUCAAUAAGGAAGGAAAGGAGAGGCAGGUCUUCAUCAUGGAAAAGUUUGGGACGCAGGGAAUCCUUAUUGUUUACAUCCUUCCAUCUCGUACGCUGGGGGCGGGCGGGAUCCACCCUCAUUCUUUAGAGUUUACGUCAUUGUAACUGUGUUUUUUGUGAAUGAAAGAAUCCAACCCCACAGAACAGAGUAAUUCCGGGAAAAGGCGAACUGACAUUUUGUCGCUUGACUCGCUUCGACUGAACACAGUAUUUGACGUUUCUCCGUGUUUUAAAAACAUUUGUUUAUACAAUUGUGUUGACAACUGAAUGACUGGCAGCUGGUACUCUCCAACGACAUAGCCAAGGACAAAUCGUCUGUAAAUCUGUGUUUACUGGUGUCGGAGACAGAGGAUAAAGCCAGACCAUGACGUCAGAAAGAAGCAGCAAAGCCCUGAAGGUGAAGCGGGAGUGUGGUGAGAAUGUUCCGGUGUUGUCGGACAGCGAGCUCAUGUCCUUGUCUGUACGGGAGCUCAACCUCCACCUACGGGGUCUAUCCCGCGAGGAGGUCCAGAAGCUCAAGCAGCGCCGGCGCACCCUGAAGAACCGUGGCUACGCAGCCAGCUGCCGGGUGAAGCGCGUGUCCCAGCGCGAGGCCCUGGAGCAGCAGAAGAAGGAGCUCCAGAGGGAGGUGGAGAGGCUGGGUGUGGAGAACGCUGGGAUGAGGAGAGAGCUGGAGGGCCUGGGGGCCAGGCUGGCUGCCCUGCAGAGGUUCGCCCGUGGGUUAGAGUCUGGAGGAGGUAACAUCCUGGCUACGGCCCCACGCUUGAACACAGCCUCGGUCAUUACCAUAGUGAAGACCCCGCCACAGGCCCACGUCCAAAGAGAGCAGGGGGGCUCCUAGGAGGAACCGAUCGGGCUGGGGAGGGACUCAUGCACGCACAUACUCUCAUAUAGACACACACACAGGCAGACACAUGGAGAGCCCUGGAGGAUUGGAGGAACACAGACAAAUAGGCACUUAUGAAACUCAUGCGCUUAGGAUGAUACACAUACACUCGCACACCAGGGUUUCCGUUAGGAAAAUGUGACGCCAGACCUUUAACCGGCAGUGUUUUAAUUUACCGGACAUUUAAGAUGUUUACCGGACCCAUAUGUAUUGGGUGUGUAACCUGAUUAGGGCGUCCACCCACGGUGCUCAGAAUGACAGAAAUCACAUUUCGAUUAUGGUUAUUCUUCUUAACGGGACAUUGAACUCGAGGGUGCAACGAUGUGAAUACUUCUUACCGAAUUCCGAUGCGCAAUUUGAAGAUGUUAGAAUAACUGUCCACAUUUACUUUUCCUCAGCCAACAAGAUGAGUAAUGAACAUAGCCUAUGUCA